GGAGAGCGAUGGGUGGCCAGGGUGGAAGCAAGAGAAAGCUGACCCGGCCAGGGGAGGGGGAGGAGUCUGUGUUUGGGGUGCUGACCCGAUCGCGAGGCUCCAUUGCAGUCAUUUGCAUCCAGAUGGGACUCCUGGGUGGUGGGUGGACCUGGCAGCACCUUGGUGAAUUAGGUCUGGGACCUCGCUGUUUACCGGAUAACUCAGCAACUGGCGGCUGUGAAGGGCUAAAUGUUUGUCCACUGAGCGCUCAUUCCCGUUUUCUUGAAAGUGGACAGCUGAGGCCCCCAGGAGAAAGACUCUCCCCUGCCAUUGACCUGAGUGAUGGGCUCUUAGAUAAGUCGAAUUCGUUUUUUCUGGUGAUGGGGGAUGGGUCUGGACAUUUUUCCUGGAAUCUUUGAGCAACAAAUCCUUGAUAUGGAGAGUGAAAGGAUAAAGGACUCCGGGGCCUGGUCACCAGGAAAAUGGAUCAUGCCUGCCAGGACACACCCUAGGUGACCUUUCCUCUGACCGGUUUCUUAUCAGGUCACACCUUGGCUCCCAAAGCUCCAGCUGCUCCCCCACGCUGGCUGCAGAGGGCUGGGGUGAUGGCCCAACUCCGUUCACCCCAACCUGGUGUUGCUUUCUUUUUCUGCCACGCAACAGCUUGCACCAGUAGAUGAUUGGAUAUAGCCCAGCUUUAGUUACCUCUUCGAGAAAAUUGGGAUUGCACUGCCUCCCCCCCCCCAUGGAGGAAAAAAAAGUCCCUACUGGCCCACCCUUAAUUUUGUUGUAUCACAGGGAUUUAACAUAAUUCUUUGGCCGCUGGCUUAAUUGCCAUCAGUCCUUUAUUAAGUGCUAGCUCUAGAGACGGGUAUUUCUCUCCCUAAACACUCCAGUGUAAGGAGGCUGGGCAAAAACACUGGGGACUAAUAACCCUCACUAAACUUGGAGUAAAUACUGGGGACUAAUAACCCUCACUAAAUUUGGAGUGAAGUGGACACAUUAAUUCUAAAACUUGUAUAUCCCUUAAUCUCAUUCACAGAAGUAACCUUCUGAUUAACUGGAAAAUGUCAAUAUCCUUUAAUCCCAUUAACUGGCCAUCGCCAAAACCUAGGGAGUCUUGGCAGCACUCGGCUGCCCACCUGUGACUAUGCAGUUGCUUCCUUUCACCAACUCUCUCCCUCCGCAGGGCAGCAGCCUCCCUGCCUGCCCGUGACCUGCCCCAUGCCAGGGCUUCCCUUCACUGACCUCCUUCAGCGGUGGCCGCUCUCCUCAGGGCUAUCCACCUGCAACCACGCAGGCCUCUCAGCAAACCUGUCCCUUUCGGGGCAGCUCUUCCUGCCCGCUUGUGUCUAUGCAAGUGUCUUUUGCUAUCCUAUCCCUUUUCUAAUAAUCCUGCUCUUCAUAUAUGUAUAUAUAUAUAUAUAUACACACACACACACACACACCAACCUUGGGAGUCCUCCUGGACUCAUCGGAUGCCCUGAAACCAUCAGUAAAUAGUGAAAGCUCUCAUCUCAGCCUUCAGAACAUACCCUAAUCUGAUCACUUCUUCUACCUCACUGGCCCCACCCUUAUCUUUCAUGACUAGUGUGGCUUCUGUCUGGGUUUCCUGCUUGUCUCUGUCCUCCACAGUGCUGCAGACUGAGGGAUCCUGUGAAAACUGGUCAGACCCUGACACUCUUGCGUAGAGUUCCCUUGUCUCCCAUCUCACCCAAAGUUCUCACAAGGGCCGUCAAGGCCUCUGCGUGAUCUGCCCCUGCCCCCACCUCCUCCACGAUGGCCUCCUUGCUCCUCAUCAAAGUCACCCUUCCAUGAGAUUUCACUUACUGUGCUUUUUGACUGGAAUACGUCUUCCCCACAUCUCGUCAGGACUCAAUUCUGUGACUUGACUCAGGCCCUAGGUGGGGUUGGGAAUGGAGUUGUAAAGAUAGAGGACCCGUCUCUUCUCUCACAGGCUUCUGUUUCGUGGGAGGACAAACAGCAUGUAGCCAGGACAAUGCAGACUCCGCUGACCAUUCCUGUACCUGUGCUCCGGCUUCCCAGGGGCCCUGAUGGCUUCAGCCGAGGCUUUGCCUCCAAUGGACGCAGAGCUCCCCUGAAACAGAUUCCUGAAAUUUCAGAGUCUUCUGUGGCACAAGAAUCUCGGGAAUCCCAGGAACAGCGAGCCCGAGCCGCACUUCGGGAGCGCUACCUCCGCAGCCUGCUGGCCAUGGUGGGCCGCCAGGUGAGCUUCACAUUGCACGAGGGGGUGCAUGUGACUGCACACUUUGGAGCCACCGACCUGGAUGUGGUCAACUUCUACGUGUCGCAGCUGCAAACUCCAAUAGGUGUGCAGGCUGAGGCACUGCUGCGGUGUAGCGACAUUAUUGCGUACACCUUCAAGCCUUGACGACGUCGUUGUGUUCACCUUUCUGCUGUAGGCUUAGCCAGAGUAUCCCAGGUUCCUGAGUUCUGGAACUCUGGGCCCCACAAAAUUUGGACCUCCCUUGGAAUUUUGAGACGAACUCCAAGCAACUGUGACUUCUUGGAACCGCCCGGGUCUCCACAGUAAAAUUCUGCAACCUCAGGAGUCUUUGUUCCCCUGGAAAGGAAUGCUCUACCUCACAGAACUCUGAGCAACAGAAACAUGGGUGGUUCCUGAAGACUGGGGGCAGGGAGGGAAUAAAGCAGUGCAAAUUGCAGAGUGAAAAGUUGUUUAUUGAAGCAGGUGCAAAAUACGGCCACCCUGAAGAUACUCCCUAAUACUCCCCUCCCGCCAAAGAGCCAAUGUAUCCAGAAAA